CUUCCCACCCUAAGACACACAAACACACAUGCACAUACACACACACACACACACACAAUUGACUCCCACUCACACGAAGAGACACUGCAAAAAGAGGUUUUUAAAAUAAAGAUGCAUUUUUUUUUAACAAUUUUACAACCAAUGCAUGCAAUGUGUUGAUGUAAUCAAAAUAAUGCUCCUUUCUAAGACUGUGUGUGAUUUCAUACUGUAGCUACAACUCACUAGCUUGAUUAAUAAAACAGUUGGUCUGCUCACUCUGCUUAUCACAUAAAAUAACCAAGUUAGUGGGCUCAGUCUCAUUAAAUUAAAAGGAUGGUGUAAGUAGUGGGUGUGAGCUGGGAUUUUGUUUUAUUUAUGAAAUGCUUGAAAUUCUUCAACUCCAACAAUGCAGUAUUUUCUCUGGUUUUAGGUUCCCUCUUAACAUGUCAACAAUAUGAGUACCACUUUAUUGAAGAGCAAAAGACCUGGUAUGAUGCCCAGAAGUACUGCAAAGAGAAGUAUACAGACCUGGCCACAGUGUAUGACAUGACAGACAUGACACGACUCUGUAAGUCUAAAGAGAAUCAACAGGAAGCCUGGAUUGGGCUGCACAACAUGCCAGGCAUAGAAAACACAAAGUGGCACUGGUCUCUGCCAGGGGUGGAGUACAAUGCAACUGAGGCAAAAUGGUGUUCUGGAGAACCAUGUUGUACAUUUCAUGAGAGCUGUGUGUAUAUGAUAUCUCCUAAGAACUGCAGACGGGAUGUGCCUUGUACUUUGAGACCCAUUGGCUUUAUCUGCUAUGAUGAAAAGAAUUCAUCCAAAAAAUUCCAUUUGUUUGAAGAAAAGAAGACGUGGCCAGAAGCUCAGAGCUACUGCAGAGAAAAUCACACAGACCUGGUCAGCGGACUCAACCAGUUACAAGACGAAAAGCUAAAGGAGGAGAUAAAAAACACUACUUUCAAAUAUUGGGUCGGCCUGUUCAGAGAUAACUGGAGGUGGUCAGAUGAGAGUCUAUUCUCUUUCAGACACUGGGAUCACAGCUAUUUUGUCAAUCAGCCACUUGAGAAGAAAUGUGCAAUGACCAUGUUGAAUGAAACAGGUAGAUGGAAGACUGAUGACUGUAAGAAAACCAAAUCCUUCUUCUGCUAUGAUGAUAAAGUGAUCCUGAUCAAUGAAAACAAGACCUGGGAGGAGGCCUUGUAUUACUGCAGAGAGAACCAUCGUGACCUGGUCUCCAUCACUAACCUUCACCAGCAGAGUUGGGUCAAAGAGAGAGCCAAGAAGGCUGACAGUCCCUACAUCUGGCUGGGACUGCGCUACACCUGCACUCUGGAUUUCUGGUUCUGGGUCAGUGAUGAGGUCGUCUCCUAUAAGAACUGGGCCUCACCUUUGCUGUAUAACUCCAAUCAAUACCAUCAGACUGUGGGGGAUACAAAGUGUGAGAGUAUGGCACCAAACAGAGCAGCAGCAGCAAGAGGAAGACAAUGGAUAACAGUGCUACUCCCUGUGUUUAUGUGCCACUGA